AUGCCUGGAGAUUUCGACACGCCACAGAGCCUUCAGGCCAACAUUGAUUGUCGCCAGCCAGAAGAGGAUGCUGAUGGAGAAGCCACACAUUGCUCCGAAGAAGCCCGAGCAACACCUGCUGAGGAUACUCCAAAAGCUCUUUUCAAGAAUGACCAUGUUCCUGAAAACAACCACUCCUACCAGCUUCCUGGCCUACGAGGGAUACAGAGCGAGGAAGGUGUGUCCAGUGAUGAAGCUCAGUUCGACUUUGCACCAAUCCAACAAAGCAACCUAGACCACCAAUCCAUGGAGCCUCCCAUUAGCGUGCAUGAAGAACUCAGUAGCCCGGGCUCAACACCGUCACCAGAGGUCCACACAAUGAAAAGAGCGAGGUCUGUUGGUCAUAGAGCAGACGGCAUAGGUAUGGGUCCAAUUCACGCCUCUAGGGUUUCGAAGUCUCCAAGAGAGUACCUUCCGAGACCGACCCAAAAUCGUCAAGGACGUCCACAGCAAGACAAUGCAACAACUGUCCCUCAGCCGUCAGAAGAGGACCUGCUCUUCCUUCUCAUGUCCCGUGCGCGGGAGACGCAGAAGGCCCUCGAGAGGCUGGAGCAUCUUGAGCACGAAAAUGAGAAUCUUCGAGAGCUACAGGGGCAGACAGAAGCUGAGCUGCAACAAACGGUCAAGGCACGGGAUGAAGGUGCUCAAUAUUCCGAUUUUCUCAGUCAGCACUUGGACAUUUUCAGAGAGAAGUACUACAAGCUGAAGAAUUGGGCUUUGGAAACAAACGAAGACUGCGAAUUGCUGCAGCAGAAGGCCUCGGGACUCCAGCGAACUCUAACAGCCUUGGCCAAAGACAAAGAUUCCCUGCUCACGCAAUUGCAGGAAGUUCGGUGCUCGUCGGGCUCAAACUCGGAGCAAAUGGAGAACAUUCGAAAUGGAGUCCGUGAGGCUAAAGCAAUGGCAGAGGAUAGCGUUGCGGUAAUCAGGCAGUUGGAUGCUUUUGCCAUGGCCCAAGACGAGCAUUUGAUGAGCGAAAAACAGAGAUGUCGAAAGUUGGAGGCUCACAUACUCCACUUGGAACAGGAGAAAAACAAGCAGAACAUCAGACUCCACAACCAACAUCAAGCCACCAAUCAAUCCCUUCAGGACAUCUCGAAACAACUUGGCGCGCUCCACGAUGAGAGGGCAGAAGAGAACUCCGCGACAGCACGUAUCGUCGAAUGCCUGUGCCAGAUACAGUCGGUGAUUGACAAGAAUCUGGUGGCGAAAUCAGAUCUCGUUCAGCUGAGAGAGGACUGUACAUCAGUAAACUCAUCACUGGCCAAGCUUGAGGGUUCACUUUCCGAAAAGGUCCAGACGGCAGUAGCAAGUCUCAAGCACGACUUGCAACAUGACGUCUCCACGCAGGUGUCGAGAUUAUUAUCGGAAGUGCAAUCAGGCAAUGUCGAACUUGUCGAGGCAAAAGCAGAAGUGGCCCGACUUGAAGGAAAGACAGAGCAGACACACCAGAUCAUAGAACUCCUUCGGGAGGCCAAGCGUGAAGCACAGAGGCAUGAGGCGGAGUUACAAGACGCCAACAAGAGUCUUAGAAAUAACAAAGAGGCAGCUCUAACGCAAGCCGAGGAGCUCCGGACAUCAUUGCGGACGGUUACGACAAAAUGGCAAACAGCAUGCUCUGAACUUGAAAAGUGCAAGCAGGACAAGAACGAAGCACAGGCAGAAGUCAUUGAUUUGACAAUUAGUCUGACCGAAGCCAUGUGGGAGCACAAUUCCCUGCAAGCUGACCUGGUGGCCAGCGGAGAUAUGCUCAGUGAAUUCGCACAACAAAAUGAAGAACAGACUAUAGAGGUAGGGGUGUCCCGGUCUGGUCGUGACGUUGCUAAACUGAAACAGUUGAGAAACGUAAAUGCCCGGCUUUCGAAUCUGCAGAGUGAUUUCGACUACGAGAUACAGGAGAGACUUGAGAUGGAUGACGAAAUGGCGAGGAGUAAAGCACGGGAGCUACAAACUCGACAAGAUCUUGAGAAGUCUCGUCAGGAAACAACUGCAGUCACCACAUUUCACGGGAGUUUGCAAAGCCAGAUAGGUGAGCUUGAACAGAAAUUGACCGGGGCAGAUGAGAAUGCUCGGAAGCUUGAGGACACUCUCAAAUCUCUGGAGGAGACUAUGGCUGAGCUGGAGCGUCUGAGGCAGGAACAAUCCUCUUUGCAGCGCCUCAAAGAAGAGUCGGUGUCUCAGAUCCAGCAGAUUGCGGACAAGUCAGAGGAGAUUCAAUCCCUCAAACAGCAAACCGAGCGGCUGCGAAAGAUAUCUGCCCAUCUCGAAGAACGAGCGAAGGAAAAGGACAGUCUCGCCGAGGAGAACGCCAUUAUCCACAAUGACCUGAAGAGCCUGCGGGAACAGCUCUCCGAGCAGAAGGACUUACACGAGAAGCUCCAGCAGAAGACCACCGAGACUACUGUGCUAGAAUCCGCUCUUGCUGCUGCUCAGAUUCAGACUGCGAGACUCAGCGAAUUGGAAAGAGAAAACUCCUCCCUCAAGGAAGCUGUCAAGUCUCUUACAACGGACCUCGAACAAAUGAAUGAGCAGUGCCUCCAAAUUGCACCCUUGCAGGAGACCGUCGGGCAGAAGGAUAGUCAAAUCGUGGAACUGCAGAACCAGAUAGCAUCCUUCAGCGACCAAACCGAAGAACUCAAGAUGCUCCGAGCCGAACUGGAGGAGAAAGAACAGCAACAGGCAGACAUGCAACAGCAAAUCCUCGGCCUGGAAGGCGCCAUCUCCAAUGCCAAACUUGACGGUGAUGAGGCAAACCACAACUUGCAGCAAAGAAGAGUGGCAGACCGCUCCGGAAACGCAAAACAUUUCCAUCGCCCGCAGUUACCUCAAACGCGUCCACAGUCCAGUGGUGUCGAUAUCGAACUUCUCAAUGGCGAGACUUUGCAUUUGAGUCCGGCGAAUCCCAUGGCUAGUGCUAUGAACGUUGUACCAGAAACACAACUCGAAUUCCAGCAAUCCCCAGAGGAUCCUGACAGCCUUACAUUACCUGCAGAUCAAGGGCAGGAGGACAGUGGCUCAGAACUUACUCCGAUCCCAAGCGAUGAUUGGGAAGCAGACCUUGACGACGUUAUUAAUCAUGGCCUUGAGCCCAGCACUUGGCGGGACGACCGCAGCCGAACGAAUGUCUGGCCAAAAGGGACCAGCAGCAUCAGACGCACUCACAAACCCACCCAACAGGCCCCAUCCAGCUCCUAUGGAUCGCAGAGUGAUCAGAUGCUUUUGGAUCAAGUCAGCCAGGGUGGGUCUCAAGUUCCAGACGAUUUGGCAUCCAGUGAGACAGGUCCGACGUUAGUUAAGCCUGAUAACAGAGCCAGGCUGAAGCAAGGACCGAGUCCAAGAAAAUUAAGAAGUGAACAUCGCAGUCAGAGUCAUCGACCUAGUGAUUCUCCCGACCCACUUGCCGAAUCUCCAGUUCAUCGGGCAUCCACACCUGUCGUCCUGCGUGAGCGACAUCGACCCAACUCGGCAGCUAAACGUCGAAUGGAGCCCGAGAACGACGAGGACAAGAUCCCUCCCGAGAAUCCUAAACGUCUCAAGCGGACAGCUGCGAACCUCGAAGCGAGGAUGUCACAACCUGCCACGCCGAAGCAGAGAGCGGAAAAGUCUUCGUCUCGAGGUGCCGCCAGCUUUCGCAAGAGCAGCAGCGGCCGAGGCGGCAGCAGCAGCAUCGUCGGAACGAAUGCCCCCGGGCCUGGGAAGAGUCAACAACGAUCGACUAAACCUGCUCGAAAAGGUUCCCGGCAGGACAAGUAUGCCACCCGAUUUCGUGCCGAGACUUGA